AUGCAUGUCCAGAUACCCCCAACAUUUGAGAGGAAAGAGACCAAGGUGUAUGUUGAUGACCUGCUCAUCAUUGGAGCAACUGCUUCAUGGGUCCAGUCCAUACAGCAGCAACUCUCCAGCAUGUUCAGCAUCACCAAUCAAGGAAAUGUGUCCCACAUUAUCAGGCUGAAUGUGCACUACAAUCAAGAGGCAUGGAUGCUCUUGAUCAACCAAAGUGGAUACAUUGAGGGUGUGAUAGCAAAGUUCAGAAUGGACCAGGCUUGGGUGGUCAUGACACCAGCAACAGAGAGCAUCAACUCUCUCAAACCACAAGAAGGAGAUUCUGCAAGCACCAAGGAAAUACAACAAUACACUUCACUUGUAGGGUCAUUACUAUGGAUCACUCAAGGAACAAGGCCCAACAUCACAUUUGCAGUCAGCAGAUGUGCACAGUUUGUAGCAAACCCAUCCAGAGAACACCUUGUGGCCACCAAGCAUGUGUUGAGAUACCUAAAAGGGAUGAUGGAGGUCAGCCUCUCAAUGGGGACAUUGGGUGGCAAACAGUUGCUCUCAGGAUGGGUGGAUAGUGACUGGGCUGGGUCACACAACUGCAGGAGAUCAACUACUGGUGCUAGCAACAGCAGCCAGGGAAUUGCUGUGGACCUCAAUGUUCCUAUGAGAACUGGAACAGCUGGUGUCAAAGACAACCAGAAUACAUGUGAGUGCCAGAACAUCAAACAUCUACUCUCAUGA